GUGACACUGUGGGGUCCCAUGGAACCAAGGGAACAUGGAAUAUGUCUGGGUGGCUGGGCCUCCCAGGGGACACCUGACAGGCACAUUUUAAGUGCAGUCAUUCUGAAAUAAAGGCAGGUGUAUAUGAGCGAAGGGCAGCUGUGUGGGACCAGCAGCCCCCCAUGGCCACAGUGAAGCAAUGUCCAACAGCAGCUCCAUCAGCCACUUCCUCCUGCUGCCAUUGGCAGACACGCGGCAGCUGCAGCUCCUGCACUUCUACCUCUUCCUGGGCAUCUCCCUGGCUGCCCUCCUGGGCAACGGCCUCAUCAUCAGCGCUGUAGCCUGCGGCCACCACCUGCACACCCCCAUGUUCUUCUUCCUGCUCAACCUGGCCCUCACUGACCUGGGCUGCAUCUGCACCACUGUCCCCAAAGCCAUGCACAAUUCCCUCUGGGACACCAGGACAAUCUCCUACUCAGGAUGUGUUGCACAACUAUUGACUUUUGCUUUUUUCAUUUCAGCAGAGUAUUCCCUCCUGACUGUCAUGAGCUACGACCGCUACGUGUCCAUCUGCAAACCCCUGCACUACGGGACCCUCCUGGGCAGCAGAGCUUGUGCCCACAUGGCAGCAGCUGCCUGGGCCAGUGGCUUUCUCAAUGCUCUGCUGCACACAGCCAAUGCAUUUUCCCUGCCCCUCUGCAAGGGCAAUGCCCUAGGGCAGUUCUUCUGUGAAAUCCCACAGAUCCUCAAGCUCUCCUGCUCACACUCCUACCUCAGGAAAUUUGGGGCUUCUGUUUUCACUACUUCCUUAGCACUUGGCUGUUUUCUGUUCAUUGUUUUCUCCUAUGUGCAGAUCUUCAGGGCCGUGCUGAGGAUCCCCUCUGAGCAGGGACGGCACAAAGCCUUUUCCACCUGCCUCCCUCACCUGGCCAUGGUCUCCCUGUUUAUCAGCACUGGGUCAUUUGCCUUCAUGAAGCCCCCCUCCAUCUCCUCCCCAUCCCUGGAUCUGUCCCUGUCAGUUCUGUACUCAGUGGUGCCUCCAGCCCUGAAUCCCCUCAUCUACAGCCUGAGGAACAAGGAGCUUAAGGCUGCUGUGUGGAAACUGAUCACUGGAUGAUUUCAGAAAAAGUGAAAUACUGGCCCAUUUCUUCAAAUCACUUGUAAUAAAAGCAAUCUCUGAUUGUUUC